GCCAGCAAGGGCUGAUUCACAGUAUUUGGAGAGAGGCUGACAGUUACUGGAAACAGAACCAUCGGGAGACUGCAUCUCACCCCCCUCAGCCACCUUCUCCCCUGUGCCUCCUCAGAGGUCCAACCAGCUGGCAUCUGGCAAGACGCUCCCCUCCUCAGGUGGACUCUAAUCGCAUCCACGCCGGCUGGAUGGAACCGAUCCCCGCCAGGAAUUGAGCCCAGAAGAUCUCUAGAAAACGAGCGUCCCGCUCUCUGAAGUGACCGGAACGUUGUGAUGGCAGUUCCGGGGUAUCAAUGGGCUUCCCUUCUGCUGCUGGUGGGGAUGAUCUUGCAGAGUACGACCCUGGCGGUUGGAAGCAGCUCCCCCAGACUGAGGCUGUCCCACAAAGAGCUAUGGCAUCUGAACAGGACCUGGGCAUUUGACAGCCCCCAGGGGCCCCUGAGCCCUCGGACCAUGCUGCUGGAUGAGCACGAGGAACGGCUCUUUGUCGGGGUUCGAGAUGGCCUGUUCUCGCUGAGCCUGGAGCGGGUUAACAGCAAGCACAGAGAGAUUUCCUGGGCCAGCACAGCAGGACAAGUGGAUGACUGCUUAAUGAAGGGGAGAGAGAAGGCUGAAUGUGCCAAUUAUGUAAAGGUCCUUCAUCAAUACAACAGGACCCAUCUUCUGGCCUGUGGGACGGGAGCCUUCGAUCCCAUCUGUGCCUUUGUCAACGUGGGACGUUGGGCGGAGGAUGGUCUGUUUCAACUGGAGACCAGUCACAUCAAGGGCAGCAGAGGAAGAUGCCCGUUUGACCCCAACAGCUCAUGUACCUCUGUCUUCUCCAAAGGACAACUGUAUGUGGGCCUCUACACAGACUACUGGGAGAAUGACGCGGCACUCUGUCGCUACGGUGACGCCAGCUUCACCCGGACCGAGCAGAACCACAGGCAGCAGCUGAACGAGCCAAAGUUUGUAGGAUCUGUCAUCAUCCCCGACAACGACGACCCAGACGAUGACAAGGUGUAUUUCUUCUUCACGGAAAAGGCCGCAGACACCGAAGAUGGUAACAGCGCGGUUUACAGCAGAAUCGGCAGGGUCUGCGCGAAUGAUGUGGGAGGACAGAGGAUGCUGGUGAACAAGUGGACCUCAUUCACCAAGACUCGCUUGGUCUGUUCCGUGCCCGGAUCUGACGGGAUGAGCACACAUUUUGACGAGCUGGUGGACGUGUUUGUGCUGAAGAGGAAGGAUGAGAAGAAGCCAGAGAUUUUUGGCCUGUUCAGCACAACCAGCAACAUUUUCAAAGGCUACGCCGUGUGUGUCUACAGCAUGGAUGAGGUCCGCGCCGCCUUCAAUGGGCCGUAUGCACACAAGGAGCGCCCUGACCACCACUGGGCCGCCUUUCAGGGGAGGGUCCCAUUCCCAAGACCCGGAUCGUGUGCCAGUCAGAUGAACGGAGGGCAGUUUUCCAGCUCCAGGGAGUACCCGGAUGAGGUGCUGCGUUUCAUCCGGACCCACCCAGUCAUGUUCCAGCCCGUCCAGCCUGUCCAUCACCGGCCCAUCCUGAUAAGAACCGACGCCGAGCAAAGGUUCACGCAAAUUGCGGUUGACCGGGUGGAGGCUGAGGAUGGACAUUACGAUGUGCUCUUCAUCGGCACAGACAACUCCGUGGUGUUGAAGGUGAUUACCAUCCACAAUAAAGAGACCAACACCAUCGAGGAAGUUGUUCUGGAAGAACUCCAUGUUUUCAAGGUUCCUGUGCCAAUCACCGAAAUCCUGAUUUCUUCGAAGAGGCAGCGGCUGUUCGUCAGCUCGGAGCUGGGUGUGGCCCAGGUGCGGGUCCAUCAGUGUCGCCUGUACGGUGCGGCCUGCGCCGACUGCUGUUUGGCUCGAGACCCUUACUGUGCCUGGGACGGCGUCACCUGCUCCCGUUACCUUCCCGCCGGAAUCUCCAUGAAGCGGCGCGUCAGGCGGCAAGACGUUCGCCAUGGAAACGCCAUUCAGCAGUGCAACGGGAUGCAGAUAAAUGGAGGGCAGCUAGAGAAGCCCGAGGAGAAGCUGGUGUACGGCGUGGAGGGGAACGGCACGUUGCUGGAAUGCAGCCCGCGAUCGCUGCGGGCCAACGUGGUGUGGCUGGCCCAGAGGGGGCCGGACGCGGAUGAGGUGAAGGCUGACGACAGGGUGGCACAGACCCCUCACGGCCUUCUGUUCCUCCGGCUGCGGCGGGCAGACUCCGGGGUCUACCUGUGUCAAACAGAGGAGCGAGGAUUCAUCCACACUGUGGCCAGGAUCUCCCUGGAGGUACUAGAGGAAGAGCGUGUCGAAGAGCUGCUCCACCAGGAGGGAGAGGCCCAGCACCGGGCACCCUGCCCCCUCCCCGGGGCCCCCCAUAGCUCCACCCCUAGGCUUUGGUAUAAGGAGUUCCUUCAGCUGAUUGGCUACAGCAACGUCCACAAGGUGGAGGAGUACUGCGAAAGGGUGUGGUGUUCCAACAGGGGGCGCAAGAAGCUGAAGUCCUUGAACUCCAAGUGGAAGCUGUCUCAGGCACAGGAGAGGCGAGGCAGGACACGCGUGGACCACCAGCGCGCACCCAGGCAUGCUCCAGCCACCUGAAGGGCGGCGACGUUGCAUAAACCUGCCAGUAACAGCACAGCGCUUAAAAAGAAGCGGACAGAGGGACAGAUCAGGACGUGAACACGGACUCAGCACUUAAAAAGUGCCAGUUGUACAUGUUCAAGAUGAUGUUUUGUGCACAUUUUUUUUUUUUUAUUUGUUUCUUUAAAUUAUUACGGUAUUGUACAUGUAUGAUGUAACUGAGGUAGAUUAGAUGUGCUUUCAAAAGUUAAACUGGAAAGCCUACUGCUGUAUUCAUAAUUUAGCCUUUCUUUUGUGUUAUUUAAAGAUUUUCAUUUUUUGCUCUGAGUGUGUAAAUAUGAAUAUCUGUUUGUACUUCACACAGCAUUCACCCUGCAGUGAGCGUGAUUGUUAUACACGUAGAAUAGGAGUGAUCAGCAAAUACAUUCUGUCUGAAUUUUGAAUAAACCCCCUUUCCGCUUUA